AUGCCAAAUGAUGAGGUAGUCACUGCUCGUCAUGCCGAGCGAAGCGGCGCGAGUGAUGAAGAAGCUCGUGCCCUUCUCUCGAACGACUCUGUCCACGAUGAUAGUUACGACGACGACGAUGACUUGGUAGUCGUUCCCGGCAACACCGAUCAGCAAGCACAGCAACAGCAAACACGUCCAACCCCUCCAAGACCACAUAUUCCUCGCCAGUCCUCAAUUUCUCGCCCAGCUCCCGACGGACAACGGCGUACCCCUCGAACUCCAAAUCGCGUUCGCUUCGACCUCUCCGAUCAGGUUGCCGAAGAUGACACGCCAGCCCACGGCCACGUCCGGCCUGGACAGGAUGACGACUUUUGGCUAGAAGAGGAAGAUUAUAUGGCAGACGGAUCGCAGCGCUUUCGUAGUAGUACCGGGCAGAUGGCGCCCUUGCUUACAGAUAUUGAAGCUCCAAUUGUCACGCUGGCGACGUCGGACGACUUGUUCCUCGAAGAUCACUUGGAGGAUGCCCGGCCUCGCAGCGGCAUGCGCAUGGCAUUUAUGAAUAUGGCCAACAGCAUUAUUGGCGCCGGUAUUAUUGGCCAGCCAUACGCUCUACGACAAGCUGGCAUGGUCACGGGCAUAGUGCUUCUGGUUUUGUUGACUAUCACGGUCGAUUGGACCAUUCGACUUAUUGUCAUCAAUUCCAAGAUGAGCGGCGCAGAUUCUUUUCAAGCUACCAUGCAGCAUUGCUUUGGAAGAAGCGGCUUGAUUGCGAUAUCCGUUGCUCAAUGGGCGUUUGCAUUUGGGGGCAUGGUUGCAUUUUGCAUCAUCGUGGGUGAUACCAUCCCUCAUGUCUUUGCGGCGUUGUUUCCGUCUCUAAGAGAUAUGCCGUUUUUGUGGCUUCUCACGGAUCGAAGAGCUGUGAUUGUUCUUUUCAUACUGUGCAUCUCGUUUCCUCUGUCUCUCUACCGGGACAUUGCCAAGGGCUUCCGUGUCCCCUCGGAAUUGAGAGGCGAUUUGAAAGGAAACCUUUUCAUCAACUCUGGUUUUUUCCAAGCUGUCGGAGUUAUAUCUUUUGCGUUUGUGUGCCAUCGAUUCGCCAAGGUGACACACUAUUCUACCGGAGUCUCGAUGGUUAUGUGUUUAGUAAUGGCCAUUGCUGGUUUCCUGUCGUUUGGAUCGAAGACUCAAGGCAAUGUACUCAACAACUUCCCAUCCAGUAAUAUCAUGGUGAACAUAGCACGACUUUGUUUUGGCCUCAAUAUGCUCACUACUUUACCUCUGGAAGCCUUUGUCUGCCGCUCCGUUAUGACCACAUAUUAUUUUCCUGACGAGCCCUUCCACCCAACUCGCCAUAUAUACUUUACCACCGUCCUUGUUCUUGCUUCCAUGUUCUUGGCGUUAAUAACUUGCGAUCUCGGUGCAGUAUUCGAGUUGAUCGGUGCCACCAGUGCCGCAGCCUUAGCCUAUGUCCUGCCACCGCUCUGUUAUGUCAAAUUGAGCAAUUCCAGCCACAAAGCCAAAAUCCCAGCUUAUGCCUGCAUCGUGUUUGGCACAGUUGUGAUGGGAAUUAGCCUCCUUCAGGCCAUAGGUAGAAUAAUCAGGAAUGAAGGUGCUGCUCAGACUUGCAGUGGUGUUGUAUAG